AUGUCGAGUGGGUCUCCUUGUGCUUCAAAAAAAUGUUAUUGUGGCAUUCCAUCCAAGAUGUUGACAUCGUGGACAACUGAUAACCCGGGGAGGAAAUUCUUGACUUGUAAGUUCUCUGAUGUUCACACUGGUAGAAAAGGUUGUGGCUGGUUUUAUUGGGUUGAUCCUGAUGUUGUGGAGUGGCAAAGAGUCGUGACGAAUGAAUUGAUGGUGGAGAAGAGAUUGCUGAAAACAGAGUUGAGGAUCAUGAUGACUGAAUUGCAGAAGUUAGAGGAUGACAAAGCCCUUCUUGUUGCUGCCAAUGAGAGGCUUGAAAGGAUAUGCAAUGGUGGAGUGGCUGGAAUGAAGGGGGCAGAGGAUAAGGGCCAACAAAUUUCCCAUUCUGGAGUGAUGUUUGAGGCUGAUGAGUUGAUGUUUGGCUGGAUGGACCUGGAUGCUGACUUGCUGUCUGACCUGGUUGCUGACUUGAGGUCUGACUGA